AUGAGUGGCAACGAUGGAUGGUGUACAAUUGAAAGUGACCCAGGUGUCUUUACAGAGUUGAUAGAGAAUAUGGGUGUUAAAGAUGUUCAAGUUGAGGAACUUUAUUCUUUAGAUGCUUCUGAAUUCUCAAAGUUAAAACCUGUAUAUGGUUUAGUAUUUUUAUUCAAAUGGGAUGGUAAACACUAUUCCUCAAGUCAAGAACCAUGUGAUAAUCAAGAGUUAUUCUUUGCCAAACAAGUGAUUAAUAAUGCAUGUGCAACUCAAGCUAUUCUAUCCAUUUUGAUGAAUAAUAAGGAUAUUGAAAUGAGUGAUGAAUUGACAAACUUUAAAGAUUUCUGUAAAUUUUUAAUGCCAGAGGAUAGAGGAGAUGCAAUUGGUAAUUGUGAUGCAAUCAAGAGAGCUCAUAAUAGUUUUGCAAGACCAGAAUCAUUUGACUUUGAAUCAAAGGGAGGUAAAAAGGAAGAUGCAUUCCAUUUUGUCAGUUAUAUCCCAUUUGAAGGAAAGUUGUAUGAAUUGGAUGGUUUGAGUAGAGGACCAAUUUGUCAUGGUGAAUGUGAUGAUGAAACUUGGUUGGAAUUGGUUCAACCAAUCAUUCAACAAAGAAUCGCAAAGUAUACAUCGGAUGAAAUUAGAUUUAAUUUAAUGGCUGUUGUAAAGAACCGUAAAAAGAUAUUAUCCAACCAAAAGAACUAUUUGGAGGGUAAAAAGAAUGCCAUCCUUUUGAAAUUAUCUCAAUUUGAUACUGCUGUUACAGCCAUGGACAUAGAUGAAUCUGCAUUUAUCAAAUAUAAUCUACCAACUACCAAAGAAGAAUUGGAUCUAUUAUUGGCUGAAAUGGAUGAACAUCUUGAAACCAUAGAUCAAAAUAUUAUGAUGGAAGAUGAAAAGUUUAGGAAUUGGAGAGAGGAAAAUAUUAGAAGAAAACAUAAUUAUAUUCCAUUUAUUAUUAAACUUUUACAAAUUUUAGCAGAGAGACAAGAAUUAAUUCCAUUAAUUAAUAAGGCUAAAGCUGCAACUGCUUCUGUUGAUUCUCAACAAAGAAAAAAAUAG